UAUGUAAAGAAGACGAAAAUAGUAAGAAUUUGAAUUAAACUGGCAUGUUUACUCCAAAACAUAUGAUCUGUUUCCAAAACAUUUGAGUAACCAAGUGAAAGAGAAACUGAAAGUAAAAACAUUACUGCUUUUCAUUAACCAGGAAGGAGUCGAAAAUAGCAGGACUGACGAGCGGGAUACUCUGAUCACAAUGGAUGAUCCGAUCCAGGAUCAGUCCAGAUGUGGAGCUUGUGAGCAGGUUCUAAGAGAUCCGGUCUCUAUCACCUGUGGACACAGUUUCUGCAGACAAUGCAUUAGUUUUGUCUGGGAUCAGUUGAGACUAGAAGACUUUGACUGUCCUCAGUGCCGACAAGGAUCCAGAACACAUCCUGAUCUUCAGAUGCACAAAGUCUGCUACACACAGGGAGCCCUGCAGGAGGAGACUGGAGACCUGAAAAAAAGAACCAAAGAAAAGCACAAAAACAGCUUGAGGAACAAGUAUGAAAGUUUGUUUGAGGGAAUUAAAAUCCAGGAGAAUGAAACCCUCCUGAACAGGAUCUACACUCAGCUCUACAUCAUAGAAGGAGAGGGAGAAGGGGUGAAUGAAGAACAUGAGGUUUUACAGAUAGAGAAAACAGGCAGAACACAACAUUCACAAGACACUGGAAUCCACUGCAAUGACAUCUUUAAAGCCUCACCUAAACCAGAAUGUGAGAAAGACAAAAUCAGACUAGUUCUUACUAAAGGAAUUGCUGGAAUCGGAAAAACUGUCUCUGUGCAGAAGUUCAUUCUGGACUGGGCAGAGGGAAACUCCAAUCAGGAUGUUGAUUUAAUGUUUGUGCUUUCAUUUCGAGAAAUGAACUUGAUUCAGGAUCAUAAGUAUAGUCUUCACAGACUUCUACUGGACUUUCAUCCUGAACUUCAAGAUCUGAACUCACAGAUUUAUGAGGAAUGUAAAAUUGUGUUCAUCUUUGAUGGUCUGGAUGAAAGCAGAAUCACACUGAAGUUUUCAGAUGCUCAGAAAGUUUCUGAUGCUACUGAGAUUUCAUCAGUGGAUGUGUUGAUGUUAAACCUCAUUAAAGGAGAGCUGCUUCCCUCUGCACACAUCUGGAUCACAACCAGACCAGCAGCAGCCAGUCAGAUCCCCUCUAAAUACAUCAACCGUCUGACAGAAAUUCAGGGAUUCAAUGAGCCUCAAAAGGAGGAAUAUUUCAGGAAGAGAAUCAGUGACCAGCAUCAAGCCAAUGCAAUCAUAUCACACAUCAGAAGAGCAAGAAGCCUCCACAUCAUGUGUCAUAUACCUGUCUUCUGCUGGAUCUCAUCCACUGUGCUUCAGAAGCUCCUGAAAGAAGAUCUGAGUGCAGAAAUCCCUCAAACUCUGACUGAAAUGUACAUCCACUUCCUGCUGAUUCAGAUCAACAUGAGGAACCAGAAGUAUGAAGAGAGAGAUCAAGAGAAACUUCCACAGUCCAACAGAGAAAUGAUUGCGAAACUUGCUGAAGUGGCUUUCAAACAGCUGAUGAAGGGCAAUGUGAUGUUCUAUGAGAAAGAUCUGAGAGAGAGUGGUAUAGAUGUCACUGAUGCCUCAGUGUAUUCUGGGAUUUGUACUGAGAUAUUUAAAGAGGAAUCAGUGAUUCAUAAGAGGAAAGUCUACAGCUUCAUUCAUCUGAGCAUUCAGGAGUUUCUUGCUGCUUUUCAUGUGUUUUACUGCUAUUUACGCAGUACAACAGAAACCCUUAAAGUUUUUGAUUCAAUGCAUAAUCUGCAUCAAGGAGCAAUAGAUAAAGCCAUUGAGAGUGAAAAUGGACACCUGGAUCUGUUCUUGCGGUUCCUGCUGGGUAUAUCACUGGAGUCUAAUCAGAGACUCUUACAGAAUCUGUUGAUACACACAGACAACAGCUCAGAGAGCAUUAGGAGAACCUCACAAUACAUUAAAGAGAAGAUCAAAGAUGGACAUGGACUCUCCACUGAAAGAUCGAUCAACCUGUUCCUCUGUCUGCUGGAAGUUAAAGAUCAGACUCUGUCCAGUGAGAUUCAGGCAUUUGUGAAAUCAGACAAACACUCAGAGAAGAAGCUCUCUCCUGCUCACUGCUCAACAAUCGCCUACAUGCUUCAGAUGUCAGAAGAUGGGCUAGAUGAGUUGGAUCUGAAGAGAUACAACACAUCAGAUGAGGGCAGAAGAAGACUUAUACCAGCUGUGAUCAACUGCAGAAAAGCUCUACUUGCUGGCUGUUAUUUUACUGAUCAGUGUUGUGAGAGUUUAUCAUCAGCUCUACAAUCCUCAAAUUCUGUCCUGAAAGAGCUGGACCUGACUAAUAAUGACCUACGGGAUUCAGGAGUGAAGCUUCUCUCUGAUGGACUAAAGAAUCCAAACUGUCUGCUGGAAAUAUUGAGGUUGUCUGGAUGUAUGGUGACAGAGGAAGGCUGUGGUUAUUUGUCUUCAGCUCUGAAUUCAAACCCCUCACACCUAAGAGAGCUUGAUCUGAGCUACAAUCACCCAGGACAAUCAGGAGCCCAGCUGCUCAACCAAAAACUGAAUGACGCAAACUGCUCACUGCAGAUACUCAAUGUGGAUUAUGGAGGAGAUUUCAGGAUUACAGCAGGACUACAAAAAUAUGCCUGUAGUCUCACUCUAGAUCCAAACACUGCAAACUCUCAUCUGAUCCUGUCUGAGGGGAACAAAAAGGUAUCAUAUGUGGAAGAGCAGGAGUCAUAUCCUCAUCAUCCAGAGAGAUUUGAGCACCAUCCUCAGGUUCUGUGUGCAGAGAGUCUGACUGGACGCUGUUACUGGGAGGCUGAAUGGAGUGGGAGGGGGACAGAAAUAUCAAUGACAUACAAAGAUAUCAUCAGGAAAGGUGGAAGUGACUGCAGGUUUGGUUUCAAUCAAAAGUCCUGGAAUCUGAGCAGUUUUUAUAACAGACUCACUGUCUGUCACAAUAAUGACAGCACUGAUAUAUCAACCCCUUCAUCCUCUAAUCGAGUAGGUGUCUAUCUGGACUGGUCUGCUGGUUCUCUCUCCUUCUAUAGUGUCUCUGACACACACACACUCACACACAUACACACAUUCAACACCACAUUUACUGAACCCCUCUAUGCUGGGUUUGGGGUUUACUAUGGUUCCCCAGUUUCUCUGUGCUAGAAUGAACAACAGGAUUGGGAUACUUGGAUUUGGACUGCAAAUAUGAAUGAACUUGGACUCAGGUUGACUUGGACUUGGGACAUUUUGUUUGUUUGUUUGUUUGUUUCGCUUUUAUUGUUAUCUUGUAUGCAACAAAAAAAAUAAGAUUAAAAGACAUUAAUACAUGUCUCCCGCUCAAACUCUUUGGCUAAAGUCUAGGUCUCGACUACGUGAACAUCUUUAUCCAAGGAGAAACAGCUUUGUGCACUGGGGCACAUGUAAUACUGGAAUAGAAAAGAGCCUUCCCCAAACAGUUUCCCAAAAAAUUUAAUGUAUAGCAUUGUCCAACAUGUUUUGGUAUCCUGAAGCAUUAAGAUUUAAUUUCACUGGAAGUAAGGGUAUACUGGAAGUAUUUUUCAGGCCAGACCAGCCAAUGCACAUGUGCAGUCCUGAGCCCAGGUCUCUGUUUCUAUAGCAACCAAGACUUUUAAUGACAGCUGCAGUGACUUUACCGAUUAGCAAUUGGCUUUUUUACCCAGAAGGCCGGGCAUCCUUCUAUAGAGCGGCCAUAUUGAACAUUGCAUUUUUUCCCCAUUCAAAACUAUGAGUGAUACGUCUUGAGUAUUCAAUAGGUUUUGGCCUAGCCCAUCCCUUGAAAAACACCCCUAUACCAUUAUCUCUCCUCCACCAAACUUUACAGCCAGCACAAUGAAGUCAGGCAGUAGAUGUUUUCCUAGCAUCUGCCAAACCCAGACUUGCCCAUCAGACUACUAAACAGAGAAAUUAGAUUUGUCACUCCACAGAACAGGUUUCCACUGCACUGAGUUAGUUGCUUAGGUGGUUAGUUAGUUGCCAGUUGAAGUUUGGAGCUCUUCAGCUAUGAUUUCAGCAAGUAAUUUUUGACCUGCAAUUUGAUUUUACAUAGUCUUCUGCUUUACGGCCGAGCUGCUGCUGUUCCUAAAUGCUUUCACUUUCCAAUAAUUCCAUUUACAGUUGACUAUGGGAUAUCUAGCAGUGGAGAAAAAUUCACAAAUUGAAUUUUUCUAAUGGUGGUGUCCUAUCGCAGUUUCACACUGCAAUUCACGGAGCUCUUCGUAAGUGUAAUUAGUAAUUAGUGGCCGCCAUAAUUUACACACACAUGGGAGGACUCUGUGCACAUGCGCAGCGGCGCAGAUAUAACACGUGUACAACCUAGCGAAUGAAAAGCGUCAUCUUUCAUCUUUACAGGCCACUUUAAAUCUCAGCUUAAUGUCUUCAGGCAUUUUCAGACAUAUGUACAGCUGGAACUUUUGGAUGGCACCUAGCUUUUUCUGCAGCACUUUAUUCUGUGAUAUCGCAAAUACAGGGCACUGAAAUCACAGUAUCUUCAACAACUUCAUGUAAUAUCCUUUGCAAGUAUUUGUGAAUCACAGUUAUUUUAUAAAUGACAAGAGCAAAUUACUGCAGCAGUGCAAGAAGCCUUGGACUUUUUCAUUUCACUUAACAUUAUUUUAUACAUCGGUUACAUGUAUACUGAAGAGACCUUUUUGAUUUCCCUCCUCACAAAUCAACUAUUUCUUGUUUUUGUUGCAUGUUCUAUUUGUCGUCUUGGACUUUUAUGUCACUUCCUGUAUCCUGUGGUGUUUGUUGUCAGUUUGUAGUCCAUUUGUUCAUUUCUUCAAUUCAUUUAGAUUAACUGUGUAUUCACAUUUAGCCUAUUCAUAUAUAGACUACAGAAAUAUAAUAAAACAC